AAGCUUUUCAUUGCCGCAUCCUUCGCCUUGUUGGCCUUUGCCGCUGCUGAUGUCUCUCACCUUGGCGGUGGUUACAAUUAUCCUGCUCCUGUGCAUGAAGCUGUACGCUCGCAGCCGAUUGCACCUGCUCAGGGCUACAGUUACCCAGCGCCAGCUCCAGUCCACGAAGCCGUCCAAUCCCAACCGAUUGCCCCAGCACCCGCCCAGGGCUACAGCUACCCAGCUCCAGCUCCAGUCCACGAAGCCGUCCAAUCCCAACCGAUUGCUCCAGCGCCUGCCCAGGGCUAUAGCUACCCAGCUCCAGCACCACUAGCGCCAGCACCUGCACCUGCUCAAGGCUACAGCUAU